CAUAUAUAUAUUUACUCGGUUGUUUUGUUGUACUCCACUCUCCAUUCAAUUUCAAUCUUUGAAUUUUGAGCCUUCAUUCUUUCUACUUCAACAAACUGAAAAUUUGACAUCAUUCAUGGCUAAUGAUGACAAAAUUUCGAAACUACCUGAUGCAUUGAUCACUCACAUCUUGUCGUUUCUCCCCACUGAAGAAGUCGUUCGAACAUGCAUUCUUUCAAAGCGUUGGAAAUUCAUUUGGUAUUCAGUCCCCACACUCUUAUUCUACAACACUAACGACGAUGAUCUUGAAAAGUUGUACAAUUAUGUCAAUAAAUAUUUGAAACAUCGCAAGACAGGUAUGAAAUUUAUAGCUGAUUCAGGCAUAACUAGUUUUGUGCUUCGUAUGACUGGAGAAUGUGAAAGAAGUAAGACUCGCCUCAUAGAUAAAUGGUUAGCUUUCGCAGUUGAGAAAAAGAUCAAGAAAAUAGAACUUUCAAUCAAUUUAGAUCUUAUUCCCAUUGAUUGGAAUAGUGCCUACUACUGCAUACCUAAAAUAUUAUUAGAAAAUGCAAAAUAUUUGACUAUUUUGGAUUUAAGCGGGAUAAUGUUGGAUUCUUCUUAUUCAUUUAGCUUUCCAUCUUUAAAAACCUUGUCACUAGAAAGUGUUUGGCAUUCAGAUAAUUCAGAUUCAGAAGGGGUAGUUAAAUUUUUGUUGGGUUGCCCUUCUCUUGAGAAAUUGCGGUUAUUUGAUCAUCAAUUUCUAAAUGAUGGUAAGUUUCGAUUACAAAGUUUAAGCCUUAAGUUCUUAGAACUUACAUGUUUAGACAAUCCUAAGUUAAAUGUUCAAGUUGAAGCCAUAAAUCUUGAGUCUUUGGUACUAUAUGGUGUUGCUUUGAACAAAAUAAAUAUCUCUUGCAAAAAACUUAGAAAUCUCUCCAUAGAAGAUUGUGCGGAAGAUAAGCAAUCAUCAUUACAAGUUCUUAUCUCUAAUAAUCCUCUUCUUGAGAAUUUAACUUUAAGGCGCUGCCACAUAUAUAAUUCAAAGCAUCUUAAUAUCUCGAGUCAACACUUGAAAAGUUUCGAGUUUGAGCAACGUUGGUAUGAUGAAGACGAAGACGAAGAUAAAGAUGAAGAUGAAGAUGAAAUGAUUAUCAGUGAUGUUACAAUUGAAUCAGCUCCAAAUUUAGCGUCUUUUUCUUACGAUGGUGUUACCGAUUUUGAUAUAUCAAUCGAGUCAUCUAAUUUGUUGAAUGGAAAAUUCCAUAUUUUUGAGGAUCAAGAGCUUGAUUGUGACACAAGGUCUACCAAUAUGAUCAAUUUCUUUUCAAAGAUUAAUUACUCUUGGAAUAUUAUAAGCCUACAAGUUCACACAGAUAAGGCUCUCAUCUUGUCGGAAAAGUUGAAGAACAUGUACGAUUCUCCCUUGUUUAAGUGGAAGCAUCUCAAACUAGUUAUUACUGAAUAUGAUCCUGAAAGUUUGUCAGAGUUGAAGAAUUCAUUAUCAUGGAUUUCACCUUCUUUAGAAACAUUAUCUAUUAAUGGAGAUGUGAUAUUUUAGUUUUGCUUAAUAAUAUUGGAACUACUGAUUAGAGUAGGGAUGACUAUUUUUUGUCUCUUUUCUUUUUUGCUAACACUUUUUGAGGUUAUUUACUUUAGUAGUUUUGCAAUGAUGAAUAUUUGCUUUUUUGCGC